AUGCGACGGAGACCGCGCACCUCCUUCCUCGUCUCCUUACUCUCCAUUCUCACCUUCGCUUCAUUUUCCCUUUACCUCUCUCGCAAUGCCAUUUCCACUUGGCGCCCCUACUCCGACCUCAGAAAAUUAAACGCCGUCACCAACCACCUCGUCCUUCACAACAGAAACAAAAACAACAUCUUCAACAACCAAUUCUCACGCCAAACACGGCGGGUGUCCUCCAUCAAGGACACCUUAUUAUCCACCGUCUCCGUUCUCAUCCCCGACUGGGAGAUUCUCGUCAUCGUCGCGCCAAACACGCCCUUAUCCUCCUCCGACACACCCCACUGCCUCUUCCCCAACAAUGCCAGCUCUCCGGCCAAAUUCUCCGGCGUCCUCCCCUUCACCAACCGCACCACCUUCAAGUGCGACCUCCCGGAGCCGGUUCGCCGCCGCCGCAUGUUCUCCCAGCCCAUGCUCGUGACAUCACCAACCUCGGAGACCGAGUUCCCGUCGCCGGCACCGGAGCUCCUGAAGUGGAACUUUCUCGUGUACGAGUCCUUCUCCACGGAAAACGACGUCGUCGUGUUCGCCAAAGGGGUCAACCAUCGCAACGGAGACAACCGCUCCCCGGAGGAACUCCGUUGCGUGUUUGACCUCGGUAGCGGCGUCCUUAACGUCGCCGUUACGAGCUCCGUCCAAGAAGUGUUCCGUUGCCCUCACCCAGAUCCAUCCGAAUUAGAUUUCGAUUCUCAUUAUGGCUUACCCAAUAGAAUCGGAAUCUCCCUUGAGAUCGUUUCAGAAAACACCGUCGUCCCCUCGGUCGCAUAUUACAUUCCCAAGCCCGGGCUCAAGCCCAAGCUCAUGACGAAUGAUCUAUCCGUACAAGCCCGGCCCAAAUAUUUCUUAUGCGCAUGCACGAUGGUUUACAACGUGGCAAAAGUCUUACGGGAAUGGGUUAUGUAUCAUGCCAAAGUCGGCGUGGAGAAUUUCAUAUUGUAUGAUAAUGCAAGUGAUGAUGAUUUGUAUGCCGUGAUCGACGAGCUUCGAAAACAAGGUUACAACAUUAGCACGUUGUUUUGGAUUUGGCCUAAGACACAAGAAGCUGGAUUCUCCCACAGUGUUGUGUACUCCAAAUCGAAAGAACUGUGCAGUUGGAUUAUGUACGUGGACGUUGACGAGUUCGUGUUUUCUCCCUCAUGGGGACAUGAAACUGAAAAUAGUGUUGUUGUUCCUUCGUUGAAAAAGUUAUUGGCGAGGGAAAUAAUAAAGGGGGGGACUAGGGUGGGACAAGUUUCGAUGAGGUGCAUGGAAUUCGGGCCUUCGGGGCAACGGCGGCACCCGGAGGAAGGAGUGACGCAGGGGUACACGUGUCGUAGGAGGGGGGAACAGAGGCACAAGUCAAUGGUGUUGGUGGAGGCGGUGGACCCCAGUUUGAGGAACGUGAUACAUCAUUUUCAAGUGAAUGAAAGGAAAGGGUUCAUGUCGAAGCAGGUGAGUGUGGAGGAAGGGUUGGUGAAUCACUACAAGUACCAGGCGUGGGAUGAGUUCAAGAGUAAGUUCCGAAGGAGGGUGUCUGCGUAUGUUGUGGAUUGGAAGCAGGAAAUUAACCCUAAUUCUAAGGAUAGGACUCCUGGCUUGGGCUUCCAAGCAAUAGAACCCAAGGAUUGGACCCAUAGGUUCUGCGAGGUUAGAGACCAGAGGUUGAAAUCCUUGACCCGUGCUUGGUUUCGCUCCGUCACGUCCAACGGCUACAGAAUGGCUUGGCAAACAAAUUGA